UAUUUCUUCUAAAAAAGUAUAAUAAAUUAAAAACUAAAUCAUUCCUUCUAUCAAAUGGCCUGCUGUGUGCAACAGUGCCCUGGCGGGUCCCAGCUGGUGGGCUUUCCGCAAGACGAAUGGCUGAGUAAGCGCUGGUCGGAGGCUAUCCGAGUGGGCACCGGCACAACACCGACGACACUGUCCGAGCAAGACGCAACAGAAGAAGGGCGUAAAAUUUGCCGUUCGCAUUUUCCCCAACCGGAGGAGACCGGUUACCAGGAACCGACCCGUUUUGUCAACCGACAGGGUCACCCGGUAGAGCUGACCAGCUGCCGGCUAUGCCUAAGGUUUCUACCGGAAUCGCAAAUGUUUUCCGUCGACGGGCUGAUCUGUGGUCAAACUAUAUGCACUGUUAUUUCUCAAUCGCUGAGAAUUCGUCUGAAACCGUUCGAAUUUUUGCAGCAUAUUUGCCUCGGAUGUUUCGUCAAAUUGGACAUGAUUCGGACCAUGCAGAGUCAGUUCAUGAUGCGGGAUGUGACCUACCGUACGCUGGAAAUGAAAAAAGUGUCACAAGAACCAGUUCACAAACCGAUAGAAGUGAAAGCUGAACCCGUUUCGGCGAUGAUGGAAGAUGUAACAGAGCAUGCUGCAGUGGAUAUCAAAAUUGAACCGGAAGUUAUGAUUAACGUUCAGACGGAGUGUGUUAAGCUCCGGAAUAGUCCAAAACCGAAGAAGGUUCCUAAAGUUGACGCUCCAAAGAAGAAAAAAUAUAAAUCCAAGAAGAAAAGCAUAGAAUCUGGUAGCAUACAACUCAAGCAGGUGAGGUUGACCUCAAUUUGUGCCAAAACCUGCUACAUUUGCAGUACUAAAACUUUGUUCGAAACUACCGACGAACUGUACAGUCAUUUAACGGAGAAGCAUGCCGGCCAGAUCGAUUAUGUAUGCGUGCUUUGCGACGAUAAAAAGUUUCCCUUGGUUUCGAACUACAAUACGCAUCUGAGUCUGCAUGAUCCGGACGAACGUCCAAUGAAGUGCAAUUUUUGCGCCAUACGAUACUCGACAAAGAGAGCCCUGCUGGUGCAUGAGAACCGACUGCACGAAACGAAUCAUCCUCUGCCGAAAAUAAUUAGAUCUAAGAAAGUUCGGCCACAGUGCGAACAGUGUGGUAAGUUCUUUCCAUCCUUGGGACGCGCUCGCGAACAUCAACUGGUGGAGCACGAGAAUGGUGUGGCAGCCGAGUGUAAGAUCUGCUUGAAAACCUUCGCAACGAUUGCCAACCUGCGACGGCAUAUGGUAGUGCACAGCAAGGAACACCCGUACGAGUGUAACAUUUGCGGCGUACGCUAUCGAGUUAGUACGGAUUUGAGCAAACAUAUCCUUGCCGAUCAUCAGGGUAAAACCGCUUACCACUGUACUGCGUGCAACAUGCCCUUUAAAACCAAGAAUGAAUAUUAUGGACACAGAAAUCGCGUGCAUAACAAGACGACCCUUAAGCCGUUCCGCUGUCGGCUUUGCUCGGAGGUUCCUCUGAAUAGUCGCGAUCUUACCGACCACAUUGAGAGUUGCCACCCGGAUGAGGUAUAUCCGUACAAGCAAUGCCCGGAUUGUCCGGCAAAGUAUUUCACUGGAAUGUCGCUCGGUUUACACCAGCGCACAAAGCACGGAAAGCUCGGCAAAAGCGGACUGCCCCAUCCGACGUCGUAUGUGUGCGAUUUGUGCGGGAAAAAGUAUAAGAACAGGAACAGUCUUAAAAUACACAUGGGAAAUGAGCACGACGGCGAACGGAAGUACGCGUGCGAGGUUUGCGACAAGCGGUUCGCCUUCCGGAGCAAUCUGUCGCGCCAUCUGCAGAUGCACGAGGAAAUCAAGCGGUUCGCGUGCGACUUCUGCGAUCGAACCUUCGCGCAGAAAACGGCAAUGAUGAACCACCGGCGAAACAUUCACACCGGCGAGACGGCUUUCGACUGUCCGGUGUGCGGUGCGGCGUUCAAGGAAAGUUCGACCUACUAUCGGCACAAGGCCGUCUGCAAGGGCCGGGAUGGCCAGAGCCCAGGCCAAUGAACGGAGAAAGGGCCCGCCCCAACCAGUAGCUGUGUGAAAAUAU